CCGAGAACACCCACCCUUCGACCUCUCUCUCUCUCUCUCUCUCUCUCUCUCUCUCUCACAAAAAGCCCAAGAAAAUGGCCGAACUCAUCUUCAUCACUUGUCUGAAUUAUCUGGUCCUUGCCCUCAGCAUCUUCAUGUUGUUGUCCGAAUCGCCAUCGCCAGCAUAUGCAGCUUCAGUUCAGUACAACGUGGUCUCUUUUGGUGCGAAAGCCGAUGACACGACCGAUUCCAGUAAGGCCUUCCAGAGCGCGUGGGCGUCGGCGUGUGGGUCCAUGAGGGCCGCCACCAUCUACGUGCCACGGGGGCGGUUCUUGGUGCGGUCCGCCUCCUUCAAAGGGCCAUGCAAGAACUUGGCCAUCACGGUGCGCAUCGAUGGCACCCUCGUUGCGCCUUCCAACUGCAAUGUGAACGGGGAUGCAGGGAACUGGAUCGUGUUCAGGCACGUGAUCGGGGUGUCGGUGAUUGGGGGAACCCUCGACGGGCAAGGCAUGGACCUCUGGGCUUGCAAGCUCUCCGGCAAGAGCUGCCCCAGCGGCGCUACGAACUUAAUGAUCAGCAACUCCGAAAACAUAUUGGUGAGCGGACUCAGCUCCCUCAACAGCCAGAUGUUCCAUAUCGUCGUCAGCGGUUGCCAGAACGUGAAGAUGCAAGGCGUUAAGGUGUCGAACCCUGGGACCAGCCCCAACACUGACGGCAUCCACAUCACUGCCUCCACCGGCGUCACCAUCCGCAAUUCCAAGAUCGGGACAGGCGACGAUUGUGUCUCCAUCGGCCCCGGCACCAACAAUCUCUGGAUCGAAAACAUUGCUUGCGGACCCGGACAUGGCAUCAGCAUUGGGAGCUUGGGCCAGGAUCAAGAAGAGGACGGUGUACAAAACGUGACGGUUAAGACAGUCACAUUCACCGGCACACAAAAUGGAUUGAGGAUCAAGUCAUGGGCUAGGCCGAGCAACGGCUUUGCCAGGAACAUCCUCUUCCAGCAUGCCAUCAUGAACAAUGUCCAAAAUCCCAUCAUCAUCGAUCAGAAUUACUGCCCCGACAACUCCGGUUGUCCUACUCAGGCUUCGGGCGUUAGAGUGAGCGAUGUGACAUACCAAGACAUCUACGGGACAUCGGCAACCUUGGUGGCCGUGAAGUUCGACUGCAGCUCAAAGUACCCGUGCACCGCAAUAAGAAUGCAAGACGUGAAGCUGACUUACUGGAACCAACUGGCCACAGCAUCUUGUGCCCAUGCUGAUGGCACAGCUUCUGGCUUGGUACAGCCAUCCAGUUGCUUAUAGUUGCCCCAAGAUUACAAAACCCAAAAUAAUAUUAAAUAAAAGAAAAGGACAGCAAUUCUAAUUUUAAUUAGGGUUGGUGAAAUGAGAGAGUCAUACCUAGUUAAUUGAGUGAGUUCUAAUACUUGACUUAGGACCCGAAGAAAUUUUAUCACAGGGGAAAAUAUAAUUUAGUGUAUAUCACAAAUUGGGUACUUGAGCCCGGGCCAUGUCCUAGCUCACACGAUACCGGGCUGAACUAAUGGAGCCUGGCCUUGCAUCUGUUCUCAAUUAAUCCAAUAUUGGCUGUCAAUGUAAUUCCCAU